AUGAGAGCGACACUACCCCGAUUUCAUCGCAUGCUCUUUUCCGCUUCCCCCACAAGAACCUCCAAACCUCCCCAUCACGGCUCAUACAACAAGGCCUUCCUAUUGACAAUGGAUGAUGACGUCCGGGUCAUCGCGAAAAUCCCUAAUCCUUACAUUCCGCAGAAAUUCGUUACCGCCAGUGAAGUUGCCACGCUUGACUUUCUUCGUAACGAGCCAGGUAUACCUGUCCCGCGAGUCUUUGCUUGGAGCAGCAAGAAAGACCAGCCUGUGGGAGUCGAGUACAUUAUCAUGGAAAAAGCUGCUGGCAAUGAGUUGAGCACAAGUUGGCCCACUAUGGAUAUAUCGGAUAAGGUGGAUAUCGUGUCUCGGUUGGCCGAUAUUCAAGCCAAAAUAGCCGCUGUCGACUUUGGUUGUUAUGGAAGCUUGUUCUAUAGAGGAGAUAUCGAGGGUGGCUUUAAUGUCCCUGGAAUAGCCGAUCAGUUUUGCAUCGGUCCCAGCUGUGAUAUACGAUUUUGGGAAGAGGAGCGGAGAUUCAUGAACGCUUUUAGGGGCCCUUGGUCGUCGUCUGAGGCGUAUGCAACAGAUAUCGCCAGGCGAGAGAAACAAUGGAUCACCCGGUUUGCUAAACCUCGUCAUCCGGCAGACCCAUUGAGACAGUCAGAUAGCCAAGGGUCUCCUGAUUGUCACAUUAAACUCCUCGACAAAUAUCUGGAAGUUGUGCCUCAUUUGAUACCACAUCCAGGUCAAAAUCGGUCUGUGCUUUGGCACUCUGAUUUACACCUUGGGAAUAUAUUUGUAAAGAAAAAUCAGAUUGUCAGCAUUAUUGAUUGGCAGGGCUGCUCAAGUCUUCCCGUUUUUCACGCUUGCAGGUUACCAAAAUUCCUGAAUAUUCAUGGGCCCUUGCUUUUCGACCUUCCGUCCGCCACGGGCCUCACGCCACAAGAAAAAGAGGAAAGUUUACAGAGAUACCAGCUUACACAACUGCAGAGGCUCUAUAUUUCCAAAUUCUGCCAAAUAGACAAUGACGUCGUCUCUGCUCUGUCGUUUCCUCAAGCUUUAUCGCGACAGCAGCUCAUCGAUUUUUCAGGGUACACUUGGGAGGACGAUGGAUUGUUUUUGUUUCGAGAGAUGAUGAUUCGAACAUGGCGCGAAUGGAUGGAAUUCACUGGCCAGCCACAGUCCUCUUGUCCUGUGACAUUCGGCGCGGAUGAGCUUGCGUCUCAUGUUGCCGAAGGGACGAGCUGGGAAGAUCGCAGGGAGCUCUUCAGUGCCCUUGGAAUCCCCAUUGGCGGCUGGGUACAUCUUGAACAUUUCGAGGCAAAAGUGGAAAACAAUGCGUAA